UUCUCUCUCUCCCUCUCUCUCUCUCUCUCUCUGGUGCAGUCGUGCGUCCUGCUGCUCAGUCUGACUUAUCACGGGGAUCCGGUGCUACGACAAGUUGGACGCAGCGCGCGCUACGGCGGGUUUAGACGCAGUUUGCCAAAGUUUCGGUUAACGAACACGGAAUAUUUGCUGGAGUUACAAUGACGUGAAAGAUGUAGUGUAACCACCAGCUCCGGUGAAGGUGGCGAGUGGGCGACCGAACGCCAGCGCCGUGCGUAACACUGGGACAGCAGGUGGAUGGGGAGGCUGGCGAGAUGCAGCUUUCCAGCAGGUCAGCGUCGCUUCGGAGAGGCUGGACUUGUUCUUCUCUGCUGAAGGACACCUUGCCACGAUGGACUUGAUGUGAGGACGAAGUUUUCUGUUUAAAUAUCUGUCUUUCUCCUUUCCUCUUUCUUUACAGGUGGGAUGUGAUACUUGUGGUUCCUGGUUAAUGAAAAUCGUAGCCCCCAGAACCCUAAACCCUGACACCCCAAAGCCUCUAAUUCCCAUACAUCCCAGUACCAGGCUUAUCCUAGAACCUAUGAACUAAAGUCCCUUGAUCCUUAUUUCCAGCCUUAUACAGAUAGUUCAUUGAUUAUGAGCAUGUGAAAGCUGAACCUCAGACACAGAAUAUCUACCAUCUCCAAAACCCUUAUGUUCGCACAUUUACCCCUUAUUUUCCACUAUCUGUAGUCCUACCCUAAACAUACCCUAAACCCCUCUCAGCCAUCAUGGCCUUGGAUCAGUGGCCCUUUCUCACGACUCCCCCCAACAUUUCCAUCCCUGAGCCCCUCCUGUAUGACAGCUACAUCCAGGGGAAUGAGUCCGAACUGGACCUGAACAUCUCUGAGACCAGGGAGCCUCACCAGGACAAGACUAGCUCAGUAGUCAUCACCUUCAUCUACUUCAUGGUAUGUGCCUUGGGGCUAUGCGGAAACACCUUGGUCAUAUAUGUGAUCUUGCGCUACGCCAAAAUGAAGACGGUGACCAACAUCUACAUCCUGAACCUGGCGGUGGCAGAUGUUCUAUGCAUGAUGAGCCUACCGUUCAUCGCCCUGCAGCUGUCCCUGGUACACUGGCCCUUUGGAGAGGUGCUUUGCAGGGUGAUCAUGACUGUAGACUCUCUCAAUCAGUUCACUAGCAUCUUCUGUCUGAUGGUGAUGAGCAUCGAUCGAUACUUGGCUGUGGUCCACCCUAUUAAGUCCACAAAAUGGCGGAAGCCCCGCGUAGCCAAGCUAAUUAACCUGACAGUAUGGGGUGUGUCGCUGUUAGUCAUCCUACCUACUAUGAUCUUCAGCGGCCUGAACAACGUGCCAGUUUGUGGAAUAGUUUGGCCGGAGCCCCAGGAUGUCUAUUACAAAGCCUUCAUAUUCUACACCUUCUUCAUUGGAUUCUUCUUGCCGCUUGCAGUCAUAUGUCUGUGCUACCUGCUCAUUAUAGUCAAGGUUAAGUCAUCUGGCAUACGAGUGGGUUCCACCAAGCGCAAGCGCUCAGAGCGUAAGGUGACACGAAUGGUGUCCAUUGUGGUGGCGGUGUUCGUCCUCUGUUGGCUGCCUUUCUAUAUCUUCAACGUCACCUCUGUCACCGGCUCGAUCAACCCAACCUCUGCUGUGAAGAGCACGUUUGACUUUGUAGUGGUGCUCGGCUACGCCAACAGCUGCGCCAACCCCAUCUUGUACGCCUUCCUGUCGGACAACUUCAAGAAGAGCUUUCAAAACGUUCUGUGCCUGAAGAAGGUGGCAGGUCUGGAUGAGAUAGAGCGCAGCGACAGCAGGGCAGACAGGAGCAGGAUGGCUAACGAUGCUGCAAUCAUCAACGCCAACUUGGAGACUCACAAUGCUGCCCUGCUCAAUGGCGAGCUGCAGACCAGCAUCUGAGGGAAAUGGAACAGCAGUCACAUCCAGGGAGGACAGAGUGACUGAAUUGCGAUGCUUGGUGCUUCCAGACUAAUGGGCCACCAGUGCACUGCUAGCGACCCCCCUGCUCAAAGAUGCGGGGGCCGAGGGUGAUGUAAUAGAUACUGUUCUUGGACAUUGACACAUGAACAAAGUUUAAGUGGAAAGUAAACAAUUUCCUAAGGGUUUUCAGAGGUCAGGGAAAGCAUACUGACUCCAUCUUCAAACUCUUGAUAUUUGGAUUAAUGAGGCAACUUGAGAUGGUUCUCACUGAAGCGGAGCAAAAAUGUAUUGUGACUGAAGUAACUGUUAAGGCUGUAGAGACAAGUGAUGUUGAAAUCAGACAUAAAUAAGAGUAUGGUUCAUGCUUGUCAGCUUGAGGUUUGUAUCAAGUUGUUAGAUGCUAUACAGACUGAUCCAAAACUAAAACAAGACAGAUCAGAGAGUGUAUUGCUGUGGACCCACUAGAGGACUAUCAGGGCUAGUACAUUUGUGGUAGAGAGAUCUCACUACCCAUGCCCUUCUUGAUCUAGAAGGGUCGGCACUAAUUUCUCAGAAUGUGGAAAUACUGCUGAAGAAUCAGACCAAAAUGUCAGUGGAAAACAUCCAGCACUUUGAUUCUUCAGAGAGAAAAAUCAGAGACCCUAAAUGGGUUCAUGGUCAUGUUUUAUUCAUACCAGCUGGUUUGUUUGGUCUUACAUAAUCAACAGGGCAACAAAAAAAGCCCUCCUAACGUGACAUCUUAUUUUCCAGCAAACGAAGGAUGUUUUUCACCUCUUUAGCUGACAUCUCGGCAGGAGGAGCUGCAUUGAUCUGUUAACUCUGAAUUUUAAGAUCCUGGAUUAUUGAUUAAGUGGAAGGAUGGGAAACUGUCUCAGCAGCUGCUCUGACUUUGCUCCCUUUAAAACGGCUUGACUUUGUAUAUACAAAAUGGUGUUCUGUCAACCUCUGGGAGAAAGUUCCACACAUAGAUAACACCAAAACAAAAUGACUGAAUGAAGACAAUCCAUGCUGUAAAAUUCUGUAUUGUUGUGAUGCAUCAAGGACAGCUCUAAACUGUGUUUGUGAAACCCGUCAUAUGUACUUUAUACUUCGCUGUAGCUGGUCUUAAUAGUUGCUGUGCCAACAGUGCGACUGUAAAGAGCCCAUUUCUACUUGUAAAGUGCUGUGUUUUUGAUAAUGUAAGAUUUCCUCCUGAGUUCAUGUUCACAUUUGCUUCAGUCGGUGUGUGCUUGCAAAAAUGCUUAAAUUUCACAUGAGGCAGGAAAAUGUGUCAUGUCGAAGAGAGGGAGAGAGGGGAAUACAGAGAUACAGAGAAUAGAAGCAGUAAAGCUUGUGCAUGUAUUGUAUCCACUAAGAACACAAGUUUGAGAUAUUGUAGAAGAUGAAAUAGAUGCAGGUGACAGCAAUGUAACCAUACCCUAAUACAGCCCACGGCAUUUAAGCCUGAAGGUAUUCUCCAGCCCAGUCCUUGCUUUGCACUUUCAUAAAUUUGGGGGACUCAUAAAGAGACAGAUUUUUAAAAGAAUGAUGAAGCAGUAGGAGAUAUACUAAUUUUUAGUCCUUUUUAAGGGUUGAAUUUCAAAAGCAGUGGAUUCUACAUUUCCCAAGUCUUACAAACAGACUUCCCAUUAUAUAUAGUUGUUGUCCUAUCACACUUUGGAAUGUGACGAGCAGGAGUCCUAUGACGAGUAAACUGCGUUUGAUCUGCGUUUGAAGUCAGUGGAAUGUCCCUUUAAAGUGCAGAGCUUGAACUCAUCCGUUACAUACUUAAAAUGCAUUCAGAUUGCCCACAGUGCAGUGAACUUCAUGUUCCACUGUACAAAGAGAGAGAGAGAGAGAGGCAUUCUGCAUUUCCACGAAGGUCACUUAUAUAAGGACUUGUAUAAUAAUACAAAAAAACUCCCAAAAAACAUGCAAAUACAUGUAUUACCGGCUAUAUAUAUAUUCAAGGUUAUGUGAUUUUAUAAAUUAUAUUGAUGUGAUAUUGACCUAUCUCAUUUCUUUCAAUGACAUUCAAUACAAUGUAUGUAUAGAGAAAAAUAACCAGGUAGCUACAUUUAAGUGUGCAUUCAACUCCAUUAUAUUCCCACGCGUGUCAUUGUGAGAGACGGGACAUUCAUGUUUCCCAGUCAUCAGGUCAAAUUUUCAGCUUUUCUCACACUUUUUUGCACUUUUGUUCCUAUCAGUCUUGACUGUACUUUUACUUCUUUGUUUAAUGCUAAGUAAGAGAUGUUAGCAUGCUAACAAGCUAAAUGAAGAUGAUGUACAUGGUAAACACAACUUCUAAAUAUGUGCAUGUUAGCAUCGACAUUGUGAGCCUGUUGGCAUGCUGAUGUUAGCAUGGAGCUAAAGUACAUCUACAGAACCCCUAGCAGCUAUCAGUCAUUGCUAUAAAUUGAAAUGUCUAUAUAAAACAAUGGCAUUAAAGAUAUAUGAUUAUCAGACUCUAACCCAAACUUAACCUAUCUGACAUCAUUAUCAACUUUUAGAAACCUGUGGGUUCAUUAGCUAGCUAAGAAAUUAGGCCUACUAGUUUGCUUAUUUCACUGCCUGACUCCACAAAGCUGCUGCGUCCUAGUUAAGACCCAGAAGAGCUACAACAAAAGGUCUUGUCACAUUAAAAUGAAUUUAGAAACCUUAUCACUCCAUUAAUGCUGACUGAAUCAACAUACAUCUAUUUCCGGUUUAGCUAUCAGGCUGUUUGUGCACAGUGGCUUUUCCAUUGGACCUCCAUGAUGGAGCCACACCUGGUUGCUGGGAGAUUUGUCAAACAACUGCAAAGCCUCUAUAGUAAUAAGGUCACCCGCCAUAUGCCGCAUUGUCAGAUUCGCUUCGUCCCAGUAUAUCACUCAAUGCAGAAGCCAUCAGGGUUGACAUGACAGGGUUUGUCCCGGGACGUUAGUGCGGGAAAUAAUCUACAACGAUAAUCGUUUCUCAGUUGUUAGUGGACCACACAACCUAUUACAUUCUCUCUGUGCUGUCAAUACUAGGAGUAGUAUCUGUAGCACAGUUAGUCCUAGCUUCAUUUUCACACUCUGAAAGAACACACUCUUGCGUUGAAAGACAUAAUACGCACACAUGUAGGUACAGUACAGUUCCAUACUAUUAAAGCACACACACUGUCUAAUCUUGUUGUUCACAAUGUGUCAUGCAGACGUAAGCUCCUUGCGUCCAUGUCUGAUAAAAGAUGAAAGCGAUGAGGGGUGACCAAUUCUGCAUCAUACUGACCCAGUGUAUGUACGUGUCUUAAACAAAGUGGUGAGCGAGCCCCCAUUGAGAGUUUUGGUUGUUGAGCGUAAUCUGAAUAUCAUAUGAAGAAAAACUGUAAAUUAUCCUGAAACAUGCAAUAUCUUUCUGUAUGUCUUUAUUUCUCUGCUUUCUGUGCCAAAUUUGUGUGUGUGUGUGUCACAGCGAGAAACUCAUUUCACAACAUUACACUUUACAGUUAAGGUAUUUAGCGCCUUCAAGUCUGAAGUGCUAUUCUCUCAUCAUCCACAGCUAAUUACUUGUACUCUCUCUCUCUAACUUUUCCUCUCUCUCUUUCGCAUGCACAGCCGGUGAAGAAUAAUCUGAGUUGACACACAUUUUACACCCACCCAAACUGAACUGGGCUGAAAUCCACUGAACCAUACUGAAGGAAAAAAAUACUAUGCCUGCCACUGCUACUGGCUGUUUGGACAUAUUUAAUGGACUUAAUGUUUUUAAGGGAUCAUUCUGUUAAAUAGAUGUUGAUAAGAUGCUUUGUGCCAAAGCCAGUGUAAAUGUAGCGCUGAAAGAACAGCUGUGGCAGUGAUGAAGAUGUCUGUAGUAGUUGUUUCCUUUGUCAUUUUGUGAAAUCAAGACCUAAAUUUCCCUCUCUGGAAUUAGGUCAUAUUUUGAAAAAGUUUUGCUUAUUUGGGUCGACAUGGGGCUUGACUUGUUCCUUGCUUCGGCCAUUGUAUAGUGUACAGAUGAGAGGCAGAAGCAGAGAAGCCUCUGCCUGCUCUGUUUCUUUUUGCGAAAUAAUUUGAUUUGCGAAGGGCUAGAACGUGCACUUCUGAGGUUGCACCGUUCAAUAUUAACUCUAUGUAUUUGUGGUAUCCUCUUCUUCUUCUUCUUCUUCUUCUUCUUCUUCUUCUUGCACAUCACAUCCGUGUGUCACCUCACUAGCCACAACCAGUUCACGCAAGUACUGGGUGCCAUCUUUUUUGCUAGAUACACUUUCAGAAAGCUUUUUGAGUUCAGCAGCAGAUACAAGUCAUUAUUCUGGUCAGAGAAACAAAGUUAGACCUGGGUUCAACACUUCAGGUUUCAUUCAUAUCAUAAACCUGACAAAGCAAAUUUUAGCCAAGCUGUUGUAACUUACAUGCUUGUUUCUGACAACGCACAACCAUGGAUAUGUACUUUUCUGUGCAGUUAUUUUUAUCUAUGUGCCUUGGAACUGGAAAAUCAUAUGAUGAUCAAUGUACAGCAAAACAACAUUUUAUCCUGUUUCUGCCAACAACCAAAGGCCUUUGUACUGUACAAACAUGUUGGUAACCAAAACAUAACAGAGACCUGCUGUAUAUAAUUUUUAGUUCUAUGUCCCCAGCUUUCAUAGCUUAUGUUUGUGUGAUAUAAUGUCAGAAGCAGAUGUUUAUUUGUGAUUCUUUAUUGUUGAGUAGAAUAUAAUGUGAUCAUUGAUUGUAAUGGACAAACCAAUGCCCUCAUCUCUGCAAUUAAAGUGCAGGCCAGUUUCUGCUCCCAUGGUCAA